UCAUAGGCCAACAUCCUUCUGAUUCUCAAUCUACUCCAUGGCAGCUUCUUCUCAUUUUAUGCACAUGGACACCGUUAACCAAGUCGCCGGCGCCGCCUGGCCGGCGCUCCAAGUCCCGAACUUCAAAUCAUUUUCUCCUUCUUCGUUGCCAACCUCCCAAGCUCUUGUUUCCCCUUUUUCUGCUUUUAGCCCCACUGAUUUCCUGGACUCGCAUGCGUUUGAUUUCUCUUUCCAAGUGCUCGAACCGCAGCCGAGGCCGCCACCGUCGAGCGACAUGGUCUCGGUGGAGCAACCGGCGUGGGAUUUCGGUGAGACCGUGAAGCAACAACCCGAGUUGAAUAACAAGAAGGUUGAAGACGGAUAUAAUUGGAGGAAAUACGGGCAGAAGCAGAUGAAAGGAAGUGAGAAUCCACGGAGUUAUUACAAGUGCACGUACCCGAAUUGUCCCACGAAGAAAAAAAUGGAAACUUCUUUGGACGGACAGAUAACCGAGAUUGUUUACAAGGGUAGCCAUAACCAUCCCAAGCCUCGAUCGGCUAGAGGUUCUCGGACUUCGUCGUCCGAGAUAUUGGAUCGAUCGGUCGGCUCCUUUCUGUUGCAGGAUGAGACAUCGAGUUCCGUUGACAAAGACGAGUUCGACAAAGCUUCGACCACAAGUAAUGGUGAUGACAUCAAUGAAAAUGAACCUUAUUCCAAAAGAUGGAAAGGUGAAAACGAGAUCGGCGGUGGCGUCAGUUGCGGUAGCAAAGCCUUGAAAGAGCCGAGAUUAGUGGUGCAAACGACGAGCGAUGUCGACAUUCUUGACGAUGGGUAUAGAUGGAGGAAGUAUGGGCAGAAAGUAGUCAAAGGGAACCCCAAUCCAAGGAGCUACUACAAAUGUACGAUGAUAGGUUGUCCGGUUAGAAAACACGUCGAGCGAGCGUCCCAUGAUUUGGGAGCCGUGAUAACAACUUACGAAGGGAAGCACAUCCAUGAUGUUCCAGCCGCACGUGGAAGCGGCUACGCGAUGAACAGGCCAUUAACCGCAACCGUGAACAACGUUAAUGCUCCCAUUGCCAUGCCUAUUAGGCCUUCAGCUGUCCCCAGUCAACCUAACAGUAUAAGUUACACCAACUCUGGAAUUACAUUGGACAUGCUGCAGCACAACUAUGGUGGAUUCAGGUUCUCGAGAUCGGGAAAGCCGAUCAGCUCCUACAUGAGCCAAAUACAAUUCUCGAACGAGGUAUUCGCCAAGGAUGAACCCGGAGAUGAUUCAUUUCUGGAUGGAUUCCUGUCUUGAAAAGGGAAAUACCGAGUGUUCAAUACACAGAACUAGUGCAUUUAUUCAUUUGUUUAAUAAAUAAUCUCUUAAACUUGAACACUGUUCAGGAUUUGACAAAGUGAAAUCUUCUUUCUUUUUUUUCACA